AUGACUACUUCUUUUACUUCUUCAAACACUACUACUCAAGUUGAUCCAUUUACUCAACUUGAUGUAUUAACACUUCUUGACUUAUUAAAAAAGUCUCAAGAACGAUAUGAGAUUGCAGAAAACAAAAUUAUAGAAUUACAAGAAAAAUUAGAUGAACAAGAAAAAUUAAAUGAACAAGAAAAAUUAAAUGAGCAAUCAUCAUUGAUUAAUAGUAAUAUUGUACCUUUGGUUUUGCGGCCUACACAAGAUAAUAUAGAAGGAUUUUCUAUUUCAAAAAUUCCACUUGCAAAAGUUUUUAAACUUAAUAACAAGGCUAUUCGUGAAGCUAAAAGGACUUUUGGCUUACUUUUGGAUAAUCAUAAUAUACCAAAAAAUUAUACUAUAUCUAAAAUCGAUCCUGAAUAUUUUGGAGACAAUAUGUGGGCAUAUGAAGAAAUUAUGAAACAAGUUAUGCAAGAUCGUGAAAAUUAUGAAAAUACUAGUCAUAUUUUAAAUAAUGAUGAGGUCAAUGUCAUUAAUACAGAUACCGAUGAUAAUAAUAGUGAUAGUGACAAUCAAGGAAAUUAUGAAGAGAUUAGACAUAUUUUAAAUAAUG